UUUUAUUUUUAUUUUUUACUCUCCCCUGGUUGCCUACUACAUGCGGUGGAUGUGUACUCACUAGAACAGAAAAACAACAUUAUUCCGAACACAUAAUUUACUUUAGCUGUGCUGCUAAGGUUAUAAACGCUGUUUCUUCCAUACAGCUUGUAACAUUCCUGUAGCCAUUGCACUUUACGGGUCUCUUUCAUCCUUUUUGAGUCUACGCGUUUACACAUUUUAGGCGUAUUCAUUUUCUAAUAAAACCCUGAUACCAGAUUAAUAUUUAGAUUUAAUUGCAGGAUGGAAAGAAAUGAAGCUACCCCUCCAGUGAUUCCUGGAAAGAAAAACGAGUUUUCUGAAGAUAUUCGGGCAAUCACAAAUGAAGCUCCCAACAAUGAACAAACAACAUCCUACGGAGCAGUGGAAGGCACUCCUCAUGAAGAACCAAAAGGCUUAAAAUCAAAACUGAUGAAUAAUCAGUUUUUUGUUACAAAAGGCAAAGCUUUUGCGUUCGCUAAAAGCAAACGGUUUUGGGUCGCAUUCAUGCUAGGUCAAAUCCUUUCUCUAAUGAUUACCGCUACAAAUACAUUUACUACACUUAUCGCAGAAGAUGCUAAUAUUCCGGCUUUCCAAACCUUACUCAACUACUGUUUGCUUACAAUAAUUUACACGCCUUACUCCAUUUAUCGCAUGGGUUUCAAAGAGUACUUCCGCAUGGUUCGUUGCCACGGAUGGAAAUUCUUAAUUAUGGGAUUCGUCGAUGUUCAGGGUAAUUACUUUGUUGUUCUCGCAUAUCAAUAUACAAACAUGCUGAGUGCCAGUUUGCUUGACUCGUGGGCUACUGUUGCCGUCGUCAUCCUCUCCUUCAUUUUUCUCAAAGUCCGCUACCACUGGACACAAAUUUCAGGCAUUGUCAUUUGUCUUGGCGGUCUCGCAUUACUCGUUGUAAGUGACUUGAAAACAAACAAGAAUUACGAGGCUUCAAACCCCGCCUUGGGUGAUGGUUUCAUGAUUUUGGGUGCUACGUUCUACGGUAUUUCAAACGUUUUGGAAGAAUUCUUUGUGACUAAACAACCGCUGUACGUUGUUGUUGGACAACUUAGUUUCUGGGCUUCUUUGAUUAAUUUGGCACAAGCCUUCAUCUUUAACCGCAAUCAAAUGCUUCACAUUAACUGGACACCAAAGAUGGGCGGGUACCUCACAGGCUUUACACUCGCUAUGUUCAUCUUGUACACAUUAGUUCCCAUUAUGUUCCGCAUUUCGUCAGCUACUUUUUACAACAUCUCCAUUCUCACCUCUGACUUUUGGAGUUUGAUUGUCGGUUUGCGUGUAUUUCAUUACUAUGUUUACUGGUUAUAUCCAAUUGCAUUUGUUUGUGUCUUAUUUGGAUUGUGUGUGUACCACAUUUUUGUCGAUGCCACUAAAGAUGCCAAAAAGCCCUGGCUUCGCGAAGGCGAAGGAGUAGACGGGGUUGGAAUGUACCGGGGUUCAAUUUCUGAAGCCUCUGCAUCCCUGCCAGACGACUCGCUAAGUAAGGUGACUUCAGCUACGGUGGGUGAGCGUACAUUAAACGAGACUGAAAUUGCAGAAUUGCAAGUGGAGAGAAAGCCUUAACGAACUUUACCUCUAUCGAUUUGACUCAAAUCCCCUUGACACCCCUUUCGUUUCGCUAAAGGCUAAGCUUUUUGUCCUUGUAACAUUUUUAUUUAAGUUAUUUUGCUAAGCAGUGCUUUAGCUUUUUUUUUUCUCCUUUGGUUUUCGGUUCCGUCAAUUGCACUUCCUUUUUGUUUUCUAGCAAAUCUUGUUCACUCUUUCCUGACAUAUAUCUCUCUCUCCUUGUGUCUUGUGGAUAACUCCUAUUUCCUUGUAAUAAUGCCUUGUGUAUCUUUUUCGUUGAACAUACAUACCAAGUUGAUAAAUAGCUAGACUAAUCAAUAUUCAAAGAGUGAACAACAACGUAACCUCCUUUCC